AUGGCAGCUAAGUUUGCGUACGUUUCCAAAGUGGCGAUCCUGCUGGUUCUCCUCUUCGCCAUGGGGUGCCAAGCGGAUCGUUCCAACUCUCGGCACACUUGUGCUUACCCUCAAGCUUGCACCAAUCCUGGCAACCCGGACCCAAGCCACACAGUGACGACCACGGCCCGCUACAACCCGGGAACGGGUCGCUGUGUGACCACCCCGUCAAUGACCGGGCCUCACGACUGCCAGAGGUUCGCCACUCUGGCUGACUGUCAGCGAGACUGCGAGCAGUAA